AUUAUAAAAUAGGGGAAGUCCGGGGAAAGUCAUGAUCUUUAUGGUCUAUUCAUUGUGUCUAUAAAGGAACCAUUGACACACACGACUGACAAAGAUAUGGUUGGGUUCUCUUUUUUGGCGUUACUUAAAUAUCACAUGCUGUCAGUUCCUAUUUUUUAUAUUCACUUUGAAUACCUACAUGAGAUUCCAGUACAAGUACCAGAAGAUAUUGAUCCGUAUAGUAUCUCGUAUAUGCAAUGUGAUGUCAAUGUCAGUCAGUCUGCAAUGUCAGUCAAUCCCGAGUGACAAGGGUCCUCUAUAGUCUUGGAACUCCGAUAGAUCGAGGGAAUGACAAUGCAGUGAUAAUGUUUCUGUUGUUUCUGCCCUAAAACGCCAUAAUUGCGAUGGUGUAAUAUAAUUCUGGGGUCCUAGCUGUUAAUCAUCGGCAAAACCCAUCAGGAUGGUUUGAAUUCAUUCCAACGAUAUAAACACUGUGAAUGAGCUAUUGUGGCUGCAAUUGUGAAUAUAAAACUCCUUCGAGGAUGUGCAUUUCGAAUAAAGGAAGUUCACGGUUACCCCCUCAGUGAAAUGUCGCGUCUUAACGAGUUAAUGGACCCUCAUUCCCUAAUCAUGCUAAUAAACAUUCACUGAGUGCUACUACUUGAAUAGACUUGACACUUGAUCGAGAAGUAGGAUUACUUCAACUGGCGCCGUAACGCCGAGGAAGUCACAAUGAAGAUCUGGAUCAGUUUAACGGUCACAGUAUUCACCAUCCAUGUCGUAUACAUAGUGAAGGGUGCUAACAUUGUCGUAUCAUUACUUGUACCUGUACCGAGUAGCCAUGCCAGAGGUUUAUCAGACAUAGCAGGAACCCUAACCAGACGCGGCCACAAUGUCACCAUCAUCACAAGUUCUUCCGAAGGAACAAACGGGUUUUCGGAUGACACCUACAGCCGGUCCAUCCAAUACAAAUUCGAGUAUCCUCAAGAACUGCCACCGAAGGAGGAACUUGAAAAGGAGUUCAUUGAUCUUGCUUUUGAGUCGAGUGGGACAAAGCAAAUUAAGGUGUUAAGGUGGGUUUUUACCGUGAUACGACAUGGUUGUGAGUGUCUCUUUGACGACUCACGUACACUUGCUCUGCUCAAGGAAUCAAGCUUUGACAUCCUCAUCGGUGAUGCCUUUGACAGUUGUGACGUGCUGCUUAGUAGUUACCUUGGAUUGCCCUACAUUGCCGUUACAACUGCUGAGAGAUAUCCAUUAUUCAACGAACGCGUGUAUGGUAUCCCCAUGCCACCGUCGUACGUACCAUUUGGUAAUUUCCCUCUGCCAGAUAGGAUGUCUUUCGGAGAACGCAUUUUAAGUUUUAUUGAACAUCACGUUUUUAUCAACAUCAUAGGGUGGACCCAUUUCAGAGCUUUGGACACGGUCAAAAUAAAGCACAAUAUCGCUCCAGGGAAAAGCAUUCCUGAUCUUCUAGGUCGGGCAGAGUUAUGGCUGUGCAUGACGAACUUUGCUUUCGAUUUUCCCCAUCCCACUGCCCCUAAUUGGGUGGCCGUCGGGAAUACUGGGGAUACUCCCGCAGAGCCACUCGAAAAGGAUUUCGAAAUCUUCGUUCAGGGAUCCGGUGAACAUGGAUUUAUUUUGUUCUCUUUAGGUACUCAUUUUACUGAGCUUCCUAACCCAGAAAUGACCGAAGCCUUCGCGAGAGUCUUCAGCGAGCUUCCACAGAAAGUCAUCUGGCGUUAUACCGGACCACGCCCUCAUAACCUUGGUAACAACACAAUGUUGGUCGACUGGAUGCCGCAAAAUGACCUUGUUGGUCACCCAAAAGCCAGACUGUUGGUAUACCAUGGUGGCGCUAAAGGAAUCUUGGAGGCCAUUUAUCACGCUGUUCCCAUGGUAAUCAUGCCAAUCUUUGCUGAACAAGAAUCUAAUGCUGUCAAGGUAGUCGUCAGAGGAAUAGGGAAACGGCUUCAGAAGGAUGCGAUCUCUUACGAGACAGUCAACACUGUGGUGACGGAGGUGCUUUCAAAUCCAAGCUACAAAGAAAACGUCCAACGAAUCUCUAGAAUCUACAGAGAUACUCAGUCCAAUCCAAAUGAUGUUGUGAUCUACUGGGUAGAACACAUCCUCAAAUUUGGAGGGUCACACCUGAGAACCAGAGCCUUGGAGCUAAACUUUAUCCAGCUUCAUUCCAUCGACGUCCUCGCUUUCAUUGUCGGGAUCUUGCUCGUUAUCGCCUUCCUUCUCGUUUCAUGUUUUAAACGAUGUAUCGCUUGUUGCUUUAACAGAGAGAAAUUAAAAGUUGAAUGAUAACUUCAAGAAUUGACAUUACCUUGCAGAGGUGCUGCGCUCCAGUAGAUAUUUCCCAGGACCCUUGCAUCACAAAGUUCGGGGUUCAAAUCCCAUUACGGCACUAUAGGCAGCGUAUGUCCUUUGGCAAGGUAUUGAUCUACAUUUUGUCAUAUACGACUCCGGUGAGGUUAAUGUGUAUCUGUUAGAAAUGUUUAGUUGAAACUAAAGCGUCUUUUUGGCAUAGCGCCACGCAUCGACAGCCACAGCCACGUUAACAUCAAGGCCCGGUUGCAUAAAAGUUACUAUUAUGGUAACUUUGACAUUCAAUUGUAUUACCAUUGUAAUGUUGAUCAACCACAGUCAAUCAAAAUCAAGGAUGUGGUAGAAGUUACCAUAGGAUGGCAAAGUUACUACCGCCUCGACAUUGAGCGCAGUUCUAAGAACAACAAUCAUUUUCCCACAAUGCAUUUUUUUUUAUAAUUUGUCACAAUCUGUGCCAACUCAGGGUGAAGACAAACCUUCUUCCGGAUGGUCAAAUAGUCAUUAUUUUAACUUUCUCACACGCCAAAAAGAAAGAAAUCUAGUUAACUUUGAAGGAUAAGAGAUUCGAUGAGCUGUAACCUGACUACGAUCUCUUCAGAACUCGAGUAAAGUGUUAAGAUUAUUUCGGUGAUUUGAAUUAUAUCAUUAUCUUUACGAAAGCUUUUAAUUUGACAAGUAUCUAGUCAUAAAAACCCUUUGAAGUUUAUGUAUCUCUGCGAUCACACUCUUACCGUAUCUUAUCAAAAUUUGACUUUAGAUUGUCUUGAAAAAUGCAAUUAAGUAUGAUUGUAUUGUUAACAACUUCGUAUAUUUUUUAAAAUAUCUUUCUUAAGGGUUAAACAUUAAGUGUUAUUACGUGAUUGAAAAAAUCUUAUAAGGUUUGAAUUAUUUGAAAUUAAAUCUGAAAUCAUAAGUAUUUUUUUGUAUUUCAUUAUAUGAAAUAUGAAAUAUUCUAAUUUUACCGUUUCAAGUGAAACAAAGAUUAAUUCCUCCCUGAACAUUUGGAAUUAGCAUUUAUGUUUUAAUGCUAUGGUUCAGUCACGUUGAUCCUUAUUGUCAAAUCUGUAAAAAAGAAAUGAAAUAUUAUAUAAUUCAAACAAUAAAAAACAAAAGAAAUAGUGA